AACCGCGAGUAAGCGAUGGCCGCAGUCAAGCCCGCCGCCAUGUACACCGCCGACGAUGAUGAUGACGACGAACUCCCAUUGUCCUUCAAGAGGAACAGGCCCGCCCCGGCCAGGCAGGACGGCCCGUCGGGCAAUGCCACAUACGCUAGGAACCCUAAACCUGCGGCUCCCAUUCCCCAGAGGAACGGGAUGAACGGCGCCUCGAGGACGCAGCCGCUGCCGCUGAAGCCGCAGCCGACCGGUUCCAAUCCUCGGCCAUCAGGGUCUGGACAGCCAAACAGUUCCAUGGAGCGUAGUCAGAAGAGCAACGUGGUGGAUAAGAGUAAGCUGAAGAGACCUCACGAUGACAGGUCAGAUGAUUCGGAUGAUGAUGAUAAGCCACUUGCAUCUAGGAAAAAGGUUGAGCCGAAAUUUCAGAAAGCUGACGGGAGAGCUGAGAAUGCACGUGGUCCAGCAGAUGACCGUAGGCCACCGGGUAUGAAGAUCAACUCAGCGAACAUGGCUUCUAAUAAUAGCACAAAUAAGACUGGUACGUUGAAGCCCACACCUAAACCCCAGAAACCCGAAGAAGAUUCGGACGAUGAUCAUAAGCCACUUAGCAUGAAGAUCAGCUCAGCAAAAAUGGCUUCUAGUAGCGCUAAUAAGACGGUUCCGUUGAAUGCUGCACCGAAGCCUCAGCAACCUGAUUAUGAUUCAGAUGAUGAUAAACCGCUUGUUAGCAGGUUACCCGGGGCCAAUGCUGCUUCAAAAAGUGCUGUCAAAAAGGAAUCCAAUACCUCUGAUGAUGAUUCAGAGGAUGAGAAGCCACUGGCUGCCCGAUUUUCAAAAGCUGUUGCAGGUGCAUCUAACAACAAGGCGUCAAGCAGUAAUCCAAAUGCUCCCCGGAAUCCAGUGAAAAGGCCGAGUGAUAGUAAUCAAACAAGUUCAGCUCUUAAGAAGGCCAAGCCUUCAGAUGCUUCUGCCUCAGCAACUGUCAAAAGGGAAUCCAACGCUGGCACACCUCCUGUUAGAAAACUCACAAAGGGCGAGUCUUCAAAUAGCAAGUCAUCUGCAGUUGUGAAGAAGAGUCCUUCAUCUUUUAAGAACAACAAGAAAUUGAAGAUGAAAACAAAGAAGAACUCUCAAUUCUCAAAGUCAUCCAGGGUUCCUCCAGGAUCUGGUGAUGGAAAGAAAUGGUCUACUUUGGAGCACAAUGGUGUUAUUUUCCCACCUCCAUACAGUCCUCAUGGUGUCAAAAUGCUUUACAAUGGGCAACCUGUUGAGCUGACUCCAGCAGAGGAGGAGGUUGCAACCAUGUUUGCUGUGAUGAAAGACACAGAGUAUGCGGGGAAGAAAACAUUUAUUGAUAACUUCUUCGGCGACUGGAGAAAAGUUCUUGGUAAAAACCAUAUCAUCAAGAAAUUUGAGCUUUGUGAUUUCACCCCGAUUUAUGAGUGGCACCUUGUGGAGAAGGAGAAAAAGAAACAGAUGACUUCAGAGGAGAAGAAAGCAAUAAGGGAAGAGAAAUUGAAGCUUGAGGAGAAGUUCAUGUGGGCUGUUGUAGACGGUGUUAAAGAGAAGGUUGGCAAUUUCAGAGUAGAACCACCAGGCUUGUUCAGGGGGCGAGGAGAACAUCCUAAGAUGGGAAAACUGAAGCGACGUAUCCGACCAAGUGAUAUUACAAUAAACAUUGGAGAAGGAGCUCCAAUCCCAAAGUGCCCUAUAGAGGGAGAAAGCUGGAAAGAAGUCAAACAUGACAAUACUGUUACAUGGUUGGCCUUUUGGAAUGAUCCAAUCAGCCAAAAAGAUUUCAAGUAUGUUUUCCUGGCAGCAAGCAGCUCACUAAAGGGACAAAGUGACAAGCAAAAAUAUGAGAAGUCUCGAAAAUUAAAGGACCACAUACAAAAAAUUCGUCAAAAUUACACAAAGGAUUUCAGGAGCAAAGAUGUCCCGAAGAAGCAAAUUGCAGUGGCGACAUAUCUUAUAGAUAAACUAGCCCUUAGGGCUGGCAACGAAAAGGAUGACGAUGAGGCUGAUACUGUUGGUUGUUGUACGCUGAAGGUUGAUAAUGUUACUUGUGUGCCUCCGAAUAAGCUUCAGUUUGACUUUCUUGGUAAAGAUUCUAUUAGAUACUUCAACACUGUAGAGGUUGAAUUACCUGUAUACAGUGCGAUCGAGGAAUUCCGUGCUGGCAAAAAGCCAGGAGAUCCUGUCUUUAACGAGCUUGAUACAACUAGGCUAAAUACUCAUCUGAAAGACUUGAUGCCUGGCCUUACUGCAAAAGUGUUCCGUACAUAUAAUGCUUCCAUUACCUUGGAUGCUAUUUUGCAUAAAGAAACAGAAGAUGGUACCCUUCUUGAAAAGAUAGCCGUCUAUCAACGAGCAAACAAAGAGGUUGCUAUAAUCUGUAACCAUCAGCGCGCUGUCUCAAAAUCACAUGAUUCCCAGAUGACCAAGUUGAAUGAAAAGAUUGAUGAAUUAAAGGCCCAGAUGGAUGAGUUGAAAACAGACUUGGUCAAAGCGAAAAAAGGAAAGCCUCUAGGCAAUGAUAAAGAUGGGAAGCCAAAGAGAAACAUGCCCUCUGAAGCGAUUGAGAAGAAAAUCACUACGAUAGAAAGCAAGAUAGAGAAAAUGGAGAUGGAUAAGCAGACAAAAGAGGAUUUGAAGACAGUUGCACUUGGGACCUCAAAGAUCAAUUACCUUGAUCCUAGAAUUACUGUGGCAUGGUGCAAAACCCAUGAAGUCCCAAUUGAGAAGAUUUUCAGCAAGACGAUUCUAGCAAAAUUUGGAUGGGCGAUGGAUGUUGAACCGGAGUUCAGAUUCUAAGAGUAUUGGCUUCCGGGUUAGCCAGCAGCCCCUAGUAUAAUGAAUCCAGCUUCCAGGCCUUCUCCCGGACACUAACUGCAGCUAUUAGGAAAGGAAGAGCUCGGGGUUUGUAUUUUUGAAGUCUCCUGGAAAGAAGGAAGCACCUGGAUUCUCUUUGUAGGAACCCUUUUUUUUUUCAUCUUCUUCUCUCUAUGUAACUUGCCAUCGUCCGAUUGCCUUAAGUUGAGUUUGCAUUUGGACCGAGGAGUUUUAGCUCGUUGAGAACAGAUGGACAUUCAUUUUAUACCGGAUUAAUCUCAAAUAUAGAUGACUUGUUGAGUGAUGGUCA